AACGAGUGUAAUGAUGGAAGGUGAUUGACUAUUCCAAGGGUAGCGUGAAUAAACGACGGACCAGAGAGGUGUUGAUUUCUGAAAUCGGAGGUUUUUUUUUUUUUUUUUUCGUUUUCGUUUCAACAAUGGGUGGUGGAGCUCAUCAUGCUUUGAAGAGAAUCCCUCGCAUCAAGUUCCCCAACAGACACCAAAAACCAUCUGUUUCUGCUUCUGAGACUCAUGCUGUGUCUUCCAAAAACGAUGGAGGUUUAUCAUUCUUUUCAGGUUCGAAUGCUUCAACAACAUUAGGAGGAAAGGCCUCUCUUCAGCCAAAAAGAACUCCGGUCACCAACGAGGAGAUUGAGGCAGUUUUGUUGGGUGGCUGCUUCUAAUCUCUUGUUCUGAAAACAAAAACUGCAUGAACGUUUUUGUUGCUCUGAUUCAUCAAAGUCUAGAGACGACAGUUUCUUUUUGUUGUAUGAGUGUUAUGUUUAAAUUUUUUAUCGAUUCAAUGUGUCAAUAAUGCAAUGCAAUCCAAUCAGGAUUGAAAUUGAAAACUAUACUAUGUUAUUAUUUUUCUGACUAACCAAUUUACCUAAGACAGAAGGUGCUUUAGUUUA